UCACACAUCACAACUCCCUGUCAUCCAGGUGGUAUUUCAGUGGAGGUGAGACCACAGCAGCAGAGGCAGCAUGCUGGCUGGCUGCUGGGUGAGAAGGCCAGGGAAGUGUAGAUGACUCUAGAAAGGUAGUUGGAGACAGUGGAGUGCCCUGAAGGCCGUCUAUCAAAUAGCAGGAAGCCGCUGAAGGGAUAUGUCACGUUGAAAGUGGUGUCUUCUGAAAUUUAGCCUAGCAGCCAGUACGGCUGGAGGAGAGAAAGGAGCAGUAAUAUGGAGGACCUUAGCGAUGCAGACAGAGAAAUAGAGGAAAAUAGAAAUAUUUUGGUGGAAAAAGCAGAACUUGGUGACUGAUAAUAGGGCCCAUGGCGAUAGAGUUGGAAGCCAAGGCUCAGGUGUCAAGUCUGAGUGGCUGGAAGGAAAGAUGAUCAGUAGGUUUUACAAAUACUGAAAUUUUACAGAAAUGGUUGCUCAUCAACUUAAAAAUGUGCAGCAGAUGAAGGAAAGGUGAUCCUGGAAGGCAAGAUGGGGGUGAAGGAUGGGAAGCUGCUUAGCAGCUGGAAGGAGGGGUGCUUGGGGUCCCCAGCACAACCUCCAGGAGCGAGCAGACAGGAUUGGGACAUAGGCCAGUGGGGCUCCACUCCAAGUGGCAUUAGGGAGGACAUGCAAAUAAUUCGAGCACUUCUGGUCCUUGCCGCAUCUAAAAGAAGAGUCAGUUACAUUCGUGCUUUCAUGGCACUUGACAUGAUCUCACUGAUUCUUCAGCAACCCGGUGAGCUGGGUGUCCUUUCCAAUUUAAGAAAAAGGAAGCUCCUUACUAAAUGGUUAAAUAGACUUGCCGGCCAAUCUUAAAUGGGGUAGGAGGGGCUGAGGGUGGGGUGGGCAAAGAUGUUUUGAUAUAAACAAAACAAAUGCACUUUGGGUGUGUUUCGGUAUUUUUCUGGGGCUAGAGGGGUGGAUUGGGAUGUCCCUGUAGGUUAGUUCCAGAACGGGCUGUCUGUAUAUAUUGUGGUAAUAGGCAUGUUUGACUCUUGUGAAGGGACAUUAGUAGCUGCUGCAGGUCCUGUUUGGAACCCCAUGUACAGUUCCCAGUUUUUUGUAAGUGUCAGUGCGGGAGGCAUUUGACGCUUGUGUUUGUAUCUCCUUUUUAUGAUUGCUGUACUGACCCAUGUCUUUUUGGGGAGGGGUGAAAAGAGAUUUGAAAUAAAACUGUUUAGAAAUUACUUCAAAAAAAAAGAAAAAGGAAGCUCCGCCUCUACAUGGCUGCGCGGUCGCACCCUCGGCUCGGAGACUGCUCUAAAGAUUCGCCUGGGUUGUCCUCGUUUUCGGGCACCUGCGCACGCGCCCGGGCUGGGUGAGGGUGUCCCGUUCCUCGGCGCCAGCCCCUGUCGCCCACCAGCCUGGCCCGGCCCUCGCCCCUCCGCGCAGCUGCCAAAGUCAAAACCAGCGCUCCCGCCAGGGGCCCGCCUCCGGCCCGGACCAAUCCACCUCGUAGGUCUCGGGCACCCAGCCCAAUAAGCGUCCUCCCCCGGGCGCCUCCCAACAAAGAGCCUGCUGAUUGGCUAGUUUUGCCGUGCGCUGUGUCGCCCUAGCAACCAGGUUACGAAGACGCGGUGGUUGGGCCUUCAGGUCUCCAGCGACCCAGCUUUGGGUCUCUUCGCCAGCUCUCCGCGCUUUCGGCAUCAUGUCGGUGCGGGCGCUACCGCUGCUCUUCUUGAACUUGGGCGGGGAGAUGCUUUACAUCCUGGACCAGCGGCUGCGGGCCCAGAACAUCCCCGGAGACAAGGCCCGCAGAGUUCUUCAUGACAUCAUCUUAACCAUGUUCAAUAAAAGCUUUAUAGAGGAAUUGUUAAAACCCCAAGAGCUCUACUCCAAGAAGGCCCUCAGGACCAUCUAUGACCGCCUGGCUCAUGCCUCCAUCAUGAAACUGAACCAGGCCAGCAUGGAUAAGCUCUAUGACCUGAUGACUAUGGCUUUGAAAUAUCAAGUACUGCUGUGUCCCCGACCCAAGGAUGUGCUGCUGGUCACUUUCAACCAUUUAGACACCAUCAAGGGAUUAAUCCAAGACAACCCAGCCCUCCUGCAUCUGGUGGAUGAGACUCUCCGGCAGCUGAUUGAAGUAUACGGGGGCCUCUCUGCGGGGGAGUUCCAGCUGAUCCGGCAGACGCUCCUCACCUUCUUCCAGGACCUGCACAUCCGGGUGUCCCUAUUUCUAAAGGACAAAGUCCAGAAUUCUAAUGGUCGCUUUGUGUUGCCAGUGUCUGGGCCUGUUCCCUGGGGCAUUGAAGUUCCUGGACUCAUCAGAAUGUUCGACAACAAAGGCGAAGAAGUGAGGCGGGUGGAAUUCCCGCACGGUGGAAACUAUGUCGCUGCGCCAAAGGAAGGUUCUUUUGAAGUUUAUGGAGACCGAGUCCUGAAACUAGGAACGAAUAUGUACAGUGUGAACCGGCCUGUGGAAACCCAUACAUCUGGAACAUCAAAGAACUUAGCUUCACAGACACAGCAAAGCAUUGCUCCAAACCCUCUUGCUAAAGAAGAGCUGAAUUUCUUGGCCAAGCUGAUGGGAGGAAUGGAGAUUAAGAAAACCAGUGGCCCUGAGCCAGGAUUCCGGUUGAAUCUCUUUACCACCGACGAAGAGGAAGAACAAGCAGCGCUAACCAGGCCAGAGGAGUUAUCCCAUGAAGUUGUCAACAUACAAGCUACUCAGGACCAGCAAAGGAACCAAGAGCUGGCUCGGAUCAUGGGGGAGUUUGAGGUCAUGGACCAGCCAAGGUGGAGUGCCAGCAAGGGGGAUGAUUUGCUGGCCAUGAUGGACGAGUUAUAGCUGUGCGGACCAGGCACACCCCUCGCUGUGGGAGAGGCUGCCUGGUGCGGACCCUGGGGGAUGCAGAAGGAUGCCGCUCGUUCUCUGCUGAGUGAAGAAGCCAUUACCUCUUGUUCCCGUUCGUGUUGGGACGGACUGCUCCAGUCUCUCAGGAAGCACACUCCCCAGAAGGCACACAUACACAUCUACUCCCAUUUCCUUCUGCUUUGAUGACAACCCUCCAAAGCAUCCUGGGCCACAGGUUCAAGCCUCGGAGUUGGUAAGGGGCGCUUCCAUCCCUGCUUUCCUGUGGGGCCUACAGCUCACAGAUGCCUGCGAAUCGUCACCAAACUUCAGAGCUUUCUGGGAUGGCUCCUGCCUUGUGAGUCUGAAAUAAGUGGAAAAGGCAGUUGCCUCACGCAAUUGGGGCCCAGUUUAGACAGCCCUCCUCUCCCUGGCACCCUGGGAGCUGUAACCUCAGAGGCAGGGGAAGCAAGGCCGUGUGACGGGAGCACGCAGCCGGGUCCCCCGCAGAGCACGUGGGCACCUGCAGUUCGCUGCACAGCUCUCCAUCCCUGCAUGGUGGGGGCUUCUCCCUCAUGGAGACGCGCACCAAGGAAAGAGUGCUUCAUCCCCAGAGCCUUCCGCGGCCACCUAGUGCCCUUGCCUUCUAAACACCCAGCACGGUGCGCCAGGACACCGUCUCCUCUGCCGCUCCACCCGGGCCAAACAGAGCCUUAAGCUGGAUUCAUGGGAGGCGCACGUGGUGAGUCAUUUUACCUUCCGUGUCCCAGAUGCGCUGCUUCCCUGGCACGAUGCCAAGUGUAGUUGAGCUAUCAGACCAGGGUUGCCUUCCCUGUUCCAGGAAGGCCUGGGACUGAGUAACUGGUGGGCUCAGGGCCACCUCAUGUCCAGAGGUCCAGGCCCAGUCAGCCCUGUGGAAGGAACCUCCAGGACGGCAGAGGGCAGGAGGAAACGGAGCUGCGUCGGUCAUCGCCUGAGAUUGGACCGACCACAGGGAACGCACCCUGGCAAGAGGGGAGGCAAACACUUCUGGAAUCUGAGGGCCCGGGAAGCUGUCCCUUAGCUUGCCACGGCAUAGUGUUUGAUCGCAGACAGGUAAAUCACCAAAUAAAUGUAAUUUGCCACCUUCCCGUGAAGUUACACUGCCUUGCCUACAAAGACGCCCCCAAAAGGUCCUUUGGGGAGGAGAGACGUUUGCUGUAAAACGCCUGUUACAGGCUUGCAAACUGCCUUCUCCUUUAGUCUCUUCCAAGCAAUCCGGGUGCCAGAGGUAAGGGAAGGUUCUGUCCAGUUCUGGGUCUGGCUCCGCCGCGCUGCCACAAACCUGGACUUCACUGUCGGCUCUGAGCAGGUCCCAGGACCUUGGAGGUUGCCACCAGCUGCUGAGAGGCAACAGCCUCCUCCCUCCACCUACUCCAGAGCAAUGCCGAGGGUUUCAAAUGUAUCUGUCCUCUCGGUAAAUAAACAAGAUACGGAUCUCUGGUAA